CGUGCUGGCCCGUGCGCUCGUCGCGCGCAAAGUCGCGUGUGCACGCGUGUGGCUACAAAGCGGUGAGACGCGUAGUGGUAGAGCAAAGGGAGGGUAGCGAAAAGUGGUGAGAUUGUUUUCGUUCGUUUUAUGUUUUGCUGACAUGUUGUUGUCUGAGCUGUAACUCAGAUGUUUCGUGAAACUUGUUGCGGUAUGAAACGGUGCUAGCUUUCGGCACAAGUCUUCACUCGUGACUACUGACUCGUAGGUGGAGACGGACACUGAUCCGUCUCAGUCUAUGGAUGAAGUUCGGUGAGGACGGAGUGAUAUGGAGCAAGCGUAAAGGUGGAGUGACGACGCUGCCGAGACGGAGCGCAAGCCAGCGUCAGCGUGGCGCUAGGCUGAGGCCAAGGCGGAGUCAGAGUGGCAGCGCUGCGGAGGUGCAGUGCUAGCCGCGACCACUAGCGACAGUGUGGCGGUGGGCGUGCAGUGAGGAGGUGCGGGCCGGGCCGCGGCUGCGCUCGGUGAUUGACCAUGCCGUUCUACUUGCGACACGUCUCCCCGCUGCAGCUGUGCGAUGGCCGGCCUCUGCCCGGUCAGGGUGAUGGCGGUGAUGAGAGCUGCGCCGCUGCCAAUGCAGCGCUCGCCACUGUGCUGCGCCAGCUCUCCAGUCUGGUGCUCGCGGCUGAGGAUAUAUUCGAGGAGCUGCACGACAGCUUCGUGGCCGUCUCGGACCGAGCUCAGGCGCUGCGGAACCGCGUGGAGGUGGUCCGACGCAAAGUGGUGCAGCUCAAGAACGCAGACACGCCGAUACCGGAGAGCGAUCUGUGCACGUUCAGCCAGCGGACACACCACUUCAGCAGCGUUCAGGAGGCGCCUGAUCGGGAUAUGUUCACGGCAGCCAGCCGGCCGUCGGCCAUCCGUCGGCUGUACCGACGGGCCGUGCUCAGUCCGGUCAGCGUGCUGCGGCAGCUCGACUCGUUCAG